CGUUUCUUUCUCCUCUCCCCAAUCUCCUCGCUGUAUUGCUCUUCAGUCGAUCCAAUCCGUUGACCUAAUUCGAUCGAUACAUUUAUUAUCUUCAACCAGACCCGUUCCUUUCGCCUCUGUUGGCAAUAGUGAACGAGGAACUACAAUUUGGUUAGAUCGGUAACAUAUUGAAGCGAAGAAUGUGGAGUUUAUUGGCAGAGGUGAAGAAGGGUGGGAGUGAUAUCGGAGACUGCAAAGGAAAAGAUGUCUGGGUAUUAUGAAGUUGUUCCAUGCAGCGUGAAGCGUGAUCCGGCUGCCAUGUCGAAGCUUAACAUGUAUGAUAAAAUUGAUCCAAUGGACUGCACUCUGGAGCUUGACAAGUCCCAAUCAAUUUGGGGGCAAGAGAUCUCAGUUGCCUAUGAAGUUGUAUUUGUGAGAAUUGACAUCGGAUGUCUCUUAAGGUUCCUCAGCAAAACGUGCUGUAUCAAUGAAAAUAAUGUGAGUUGCUUGUGCUUUGAAAGCAACCCACAAGCUUUGUAAGAUUCUUGAAUUUACUGUGGAUGUCCUGAUGGUGAACAUCAAGCACCAUGGACACAUACAAACAAGCAUUGUUGGGGAUACAGUGAAAACAGCUUUUUUUUCCCUUUAGGUGGUACUAUGGAAUGUUGAAAGUUGAAGCAGCUCUCAUUUGUUUUGUAUUAAUGCUAAAACAGCUUUUAGUUCAGAAUUAUAUUGUCCUUUUUUUCCCCAGUUUAUGUCUUGAUGGUACUGCUAAGCUGCUGACUGAUCUGAAUCCAAUUUGAAAUUUUGGGUAAAGAUAUACUGAUAUUACUGGAGGAGAAGGUGGGGAUGACAACAACAACAAAUGCACCGACCGCUCCACUUGUGCAAGAGUGUGGCAGGGGUGUUCACAGCCCGGUGGGACCUCCUGCCAUGAUGCAUUGUCGCAGGAGUGGGUGAGCAUGACAGUGGCAUUUGUACAAACUACUGCCGAGGUAAAAAAGAUGUGAAGUGCAUCCAUGCCAAUGCACACACACACACACAUAAACAAGUUGACAUUUGAGCUUUCAUGUCAAGCAACUCAUUAUGGUUAUGGAAGAGUGUUGAGGAAGCUUCACAUGUUCAGUCAAAGUUUGUCCAUCCCUGGGGAAGGCAGCAUUUGCUCAGCCCUCCGAUUCCUUCGUACUCCCAAAAAAGAGAGAGAUCACAUGGGGUGUUCAUCUCUUUCUCUCUGUCUCUCUGCUCUCUCUGUCACAUUUAUAGAGGCCUACUAUCUCCCUCCACCAACCCAUUCAUUUUCCUUCCAUAAACCACCGUUACCACCUGCAAUUCCUCUUCAUCAGCUCGCUCACUCAUCCAUGGGCUUCCCCUCCGUCUGCUACACUGUCAUCCUGCCGCGACCGGUCGCCUUCGUCGUCAACCUCCUCGACCGCAUCAAGCUCGCCGUCUCCAUGGCCCUCUUCUACCUCGGCCUCGCGACCUCCUACGAGGACUACUUCGCCUUCCCCCUGCAGCUCCCCGACCUGCCCUCCCCCCUCUCGCUUCCCUCUCCGCCUUCCGCCAUCAAGACCAGGCUCCCCGUCGUCAGGUUCUCCACCCUCCGCCCCAGCUCACACCACGGCGGCGAAGCCAUCUGCGCCGUCUGCCUCGGCGCCUUGGAGGCCAAGCACGAGGUCAGGGAGCUCGGCAACUGCUCCCAUGCCUUCCACAAGGCCUGCAUCGACAAGUGGGUGGACAUUGGCCAGCUCACCUGCCCUCUGUGCCGAGCUCAGCUGUUGCCCAACGGAAGCGAGGAGGAGGAGGAGGAGCAGGAGGAGGAGGAGGACGAUGCCGCGUUUGCUGAGCCUUCCCGAGGUUGAAGCCAAAGAAUAGCUAGCUGCAUACAGUGGGUUAAUACAGUGUUCUUGUACCCUGAUGAACCAUAAUUUACCUACCUCAAGAGGCUUAUGUACAAAGUUGGUGCUAAGACUGACGAGUCACUUGAAAUCCUUUACUCUUUACCGUGUUCUCUCGUUCGAGAUAUUGGUGUACAUGAUUCUACAUGGAAAAAGAAAGCAUCUUGUGAGUGUGUAAAUCCAUUUAUUUUGCCUGCAAAGGAUUGGGUUGAUGGUUGAUGAUGAC